CUGCCGGGGAGGGAAGGACGCGGCCCCGCGGCGGCAGCCCGGCUUUGGCCAUGAAGAGGAAACAGAAGAGAUUUCUGCAAAUGACGCUGCUCUUCACCGCGGCGCUGAUUUUCCUGCCCGACAUCGGCCUCUGGUCUCUCUAUAGAGAGAAGCACCUGGUGAAGCCGGCCGAGCCCGCCGAGCCUCAGACAGUUCCACUGGGGCUGGGAGAUGGGCAGUUGUUCACCUGGACUGAUGGACUGAAAAGGAAGGAUUGGCACGAUUAUGAAAGUAUUCAAAAAGAUGCUAUGCGUUCAGGGAAAGGUGAACACGGAAAGCCGUACCCUCUGACAGAGGAAGACCAUGAUGAUUCAGCUUAUAGAGAAAAUGGCUUCAACAUAUUUGUUAGCAACAAUAUAGCACUGGAGAGAUCUCUGCCAGACAUCCGACAUCCUAACUGUAAGCACAAGGUGUACUUGGAAAAGCUACCAAAUACCAGCAUAAUUAUCCCAUUUCAUAAUGAAGGCUGGACUUCCCUCUUGCGAACAAUACACAGUAUUAUCAACCGCACUCCAGACAGCCUGAUUGCAGAAAUCAUUCUUGUGGAUGACUUCAGUGACAGAGAACAUUUAAAAGAGAAGCUGGAGGAAUACAUGGUCCGUUUUGCCAAAGUGAGGAUUGUACGUACCAAGAAACGAGAAGGGCUCAUUCGGACCAGACUGUUAGGAGCCUCGCUGGCUAGAGGAGAAGUCUUGACAUUUCUGGAUUCCCAUUGCGAAGUCAACGUGAAUUGGCUGCCUCCCCUGCUUAACCAGAUUGCACUAAACCACAAAACCAUCGUGUGUCCUAUGAUCGAUGUCAUUGACCACAAUCAUUUUGGCUACGAGGCACAGGCAGGGGAUGCCAUGCGAGGAGCUUUUGACUGGGAAAUGUACUACAAAAGAAUCCCGAUUCCUCCUGAGCUCCAGAGAGCUGAUCCCAGCGACCCCUUUGAGUCUCCUGUGAUGGCUGGAGGUCUAUUUGCCGUUAACCGGAAGUGGUUUUGGGAGCUGGGAGGCUACGAUCCAGGAUUAGAAAUAUGGGGAGGAGAGCAGUAUGAAAUCUCCUUUAAGGUGUGGAUGUGUGGAGGUGGCAUGUUCGAUGUUCCAUGCUCUAGAGUUGGGCAUAUCUACAGGAAGUAUGUCCCUUAUAAAGUUCCUUCUGGCACCAGCCUAGCACGUAACCUGAAGCGUGUGGCAGAGACAUGGAUGGAUGAGUUUGCAGAGUACAUCUACCAGCGACGGCCUGAGUACAGACAUCUCUCAACUGGUGACAUCUCUGCCCAGAAGGAACUUCGCAAGCACCUGAAAUGUAAAGAUUUCAAGUGGUUCAUGGCUGCAGUGGCUUGGGAUGUCCCCAAAUAUUACCCACCUGUGGAGCCUCCACCUGCUGCCUGGGGGGAGAUUCGAAAUGUGGCAGCCAAUCUCUGUGUGGACAGCAAACAUGGAGCCACAGGGACUGAACUGAGGCUAGACAUUUGUGUGAAGGAUGGCUCAGAACGGACGUGGUCACAUGAACAGCUGUUCACCUUCGGAUGGAGAGAAGACAUCCGUCCUGGGGAGCCACUUCACACCAGGAAGUUCUGCUUUGAUGCCAUCUCACACAGUAGCCCUGUCACACUGUAUGACUGUCAUGGGAUGAAGGGGAACCAGCACUGGAGCUAUAGGAAGGUCGGAGUCACUCUGGGUCAUUUCAGAGAUUCAGACUGUCUUAAGCCUAUACUCAGUCUAGUGCAGACUUGUAUUUUCAGAGAAACUUCAGAGAAGUUGCUUUUUAAAAUCCAGUCUGUUUUAUUCCAAUUUAAUUUUGUAGUAAACUCUCUGGAGUGCGUUCUCAUUGAGUAUUCAGCUACUUGUGUCAAAUUUAAAUGGAAGUGGAUCCGAUCCAGCUCAGAGUGUGUCCAUGUUGGGUGUCUGAAAGGUGUUAUAUCAUUCUGGCAUUUGAAGAUUCUGGUGUCAUUUUAAGUGAGGCACUAUUGAAAAUAUUUGCAUCUGACAUGACAGAAAGAAGAAAUGCUGCUCAAGAGUUAAAUAUUACUAUUUUACUACAUUUUUACAAGUGGCAGGUAUGUCUACCUCAAAAAAACCCCAAACCAACAUUAAAAGCACUUGCUGUAAGCCUGAAGACAUUGGGAGUUUAUAAAUUAAAGAUAAGCAGCUCAGACACUACUUUGAUCUGCCAAAUUCUGCCCAUUUUGAGCAAUCACUAGAACAGGAGGUCAAGCUAGGAAAUGAAAGUGCCUCAUUUGGGGUAUAAAAAGUCCUGGUAAUGCUACCAGGUUUUUUAAAGAAUGAUUAAUCAGCAAGUUUCCUUGAUUAAACAAUUGCUUAUAAAUUAUUCCAUGCAGGGUAAGGACAUCCAUUUCUGUGAUGAAUUGAGUACUUCUUCUUAUGCAUCCUUUGAUUUUCUAAAACCACUGUGCCUUUUCCCCUACAUUGCUUAUGCUGUGACCUAGGUGGCAGGAAUUGGACCAUGUUAAGUAAGCCUCUAUAGUACUUUCUAGAUUAGAGUUAUAAGCAGGAAAAUAGUUCAGAACUAUUAAAAGUAGCUUUUCCCCAAGUAUUUUGAGUACCUGCUUGUUAGCUUGUGCCAUUUUUUAACCAUAUUUAUGUUGCAAUCCAAGAUGUAUCGCAGAAUUUUCUCGAAAUAUGUUCUUCAGAUUCUACUCGUAGUGAGGUUAAAAAGUGUGAGCUGGCUCUUUAGAGGACAUAAAUAGUCGUGGCUGUAUUGCUGCAUAUAUGGCUUUAUAAUGUCAUUAUAAUCCCUUCUUGCUUCAGAACACUUCCAAUUUAUCUUUCUGAUCGCCCAAGCCACACGAAAGAAGCUUUCAUACCCCUAGCACUUCAUUGGUGCCUAAUGUAGCUGGUUCAUAAGGAAAACGCAGAUCUGGAGCUGCCCUCUAUAUGGCUCAUCACCUUUGAUGUGGACAGAAUGCAGCAGAUAACCCAAAGAAAUGACAUUUGAAGGAAAAAAAAAAUGCACAACGUGAGUUCUAUUAAAUCCUCUGCACAGCUUCAUUUUUUAUUUCCAGAAGGUUGACAGGGCUCAUAUAAAAAUUCUCAACACAAGGCAGGCAUUUUCAUCUCAACAAAAGGCACCACAACAUUUUGUGAUGAUGAAAGUACUGUCACAGUUCUAGCUGUAAUAGUAACCUGACAGCAAGCUGAUCAGUUUGCAUGAGCACUUACUGCUGAACUAUGAAACUUCAAAUUGAAAAAAACAAGUGUUGGAACAGUGAAAAUAUGCUCAUUAUUAUUAUUACUGCUUAGGCUUAGUUUUAAUUUGGCUGCCCACUAAGUACGUUUUGUUUCAUGGAGUUAGAUUUGCUGUAAAAAUUUGUGGUGGAACAACUGUACCAAAAAAAAAGCCUGUUAUAAUCCUUACUUAGUUUUAAGAGCAUCCUGGAAAUAGGAUUUAUACUGUUUCCCAAAGACAAGAAAACCAUACAGCAAAAAGAUGCUUCUAUCAGUUUAAUUGCAGCUAUAGCAGAGCUCUUUACUAAGAGGACGGUAUGCAACUAAAAUUGCACUCUGAGUAAACCAGUCAUAGUUUGUGGUUCAGAAAGAAAUGCUUGCUUUUAGGAAACAAAGACCAGAUCAGCAGCUGUGUUCUUUGCACCAUUUACAGAAGCUGUAGCUUUCUAAUGGUCAUGUGUCCAUCUUAUCAGCGUUGUAGGAAAAAUGAGUUUGGUCAGUGUCUUAUAAGAUGCUGAAUAGAAAGCAUUUCUUACUAUACUGUCAUAUCACACUCUCAUAUAAUGUCAUAUAAAACUAGAAGAUAAUAGGUUUUUUUAAUAGGUUAUGCUACUUUCUCUUUUCAAGAGU